AUGAAUAAAAAGAUAUUUAGUUUAGUUUGUAUCGUCUUGUAUUCCCUUUUGGGUGCAUCAAUACAUUGCUCGGAGCAGGAAGAAGAUGAAAUAAAACUUAGGGCCAAACGUGUUAUCCAAAAAUUAUUUGGACCUAAAGAAGAUGACUCACAACUUAUACGAGAAGCACAAUUAAAGAAAGAAAACAUUAGCGAUUUUCUAGAUGAUAUGAAUGGUAAUGAGUAUAGAGAUGUAUAUUAUAGUGAAUAUACCGAUGGUGAUGGUAAAGAUGAUUAA